AUGUCUAGUGAGGUUCCAACGUUGAUAGGCGUGAGCUCGAUGCUUCUGGCGCUGGUUACGAUAUUCGUCACGAUCCGGUUCUUCGUGCGUAGCGUUCUGCUACGGAGCCUCGACUGGGACGAUGCACUCGUCCUUCUCAGCUGGUGCCUCAUGAUGGUCUUCUUGAGCACAGUAAUAGCCAAGCCGGCUUGGGAUCCUAUGUCGCUACGGUAUCGGAGGACCACCUCCCUCCGAGUCGUCAUCUCGCUUGCCUAUGUCUGGGGCUUUGUCACCGUCAAAAUGUCUUUUGCGGUUCUCUACCUCAGAUUACUUCCUGGCACCAUCUAUCGACGGCUGAACCAGGUAUUGCUAGUUUUACUACUUGCCCAAGGCCUUGAAGAGUCCUUGGUUGUUAUUUUUAGGUGCACUCCAGUUGACAAAGCAUGGAAGCCCUCCAAAAAGGGGCAUUGCCUAGACUUGAGAAGUUUUUACUACACCUCUUUCGGUAUCAAACUCGUUACAGACAUCGUCCUCUUUGCUCAGCCGAUCCCGAUGGUUUGGAGAAUGCAGCUCUCUAGAACAAAAAGGAUAGGUGUGGUGUUGAUGCUUUCACUCGGCCUGUUCGUCUGUGUCAUAUCGAUCGUCAGAGUUACCUACAUUUCCGUGCUAAAUACCGAUGUCACACGUGCCAUUGUAUCGUCCCUUCUUUGGUCUGAGGUCGAGGUCAGCGCACUUGUCCUCUGCGCCUGCAUUCCCUCACUCCGGCCAUUCCUUCGAUGUUUCCCAAGACUCAACAAAGCACUCGGACUCUCAUCGGGUGAGGACUCGAACAUGCGGUACAACCGACGUGUGAGCCAAAAUCGGCGGCCGGUGCUGUUGACGAGCCAGAGCGGCAGCCAUAAACACUCGCGACGGGCAACAUGUGAGUCAUCAGAGGUUAGACAGGCUGAGGGGGAUUCUGAUGAGUAG